AUCGCCAGGGGGCGAGGCCAGGAAUACCAGGAGACCACUAGAAAAGUGGACACUUUGAACAACGCAAAGCAUAGCAACCACACCGUGCAUUCGCUCCCGUGCACAACCGAGAGGAAGAGAGGAGACAUGCCGUGCGGAAGAGAGAGCAGAUCAGCGGUGGCUGGGGUGCCCGCACGGCGGCUCCGCCCGCUCGUGCUCAUGUUCGUCCUCUUCUCGGUGAUGCCCCGCCGCGCACUCUCACGGAGCCUGGCGCUGCCACCGCUGCCGGUGGUGCGGAACAUAACGUGCAACACCAUCCCAUAUCCAUUUGGUGUCCGAGGCAGAUCCCUCCCCGGCUUCGAGGUAAUCUGCGGGUGGAACAAGGAAGCAAUGCUGGAGAUCAACAAGAGCAGCCAUAAAAUCGAUUAUGUGUCGGUGGAAGGCGCCUUCGUCGUCAUCUUAGCCGGGCCCAUCAGCCAAGUCUGCUACGACCGCAACGGUAAGCAGACGCAGGCCACCGGAAUCGGCAACAUCAGCUUGGACGGGACGCCGUUCACCUUCUCCAAGCGCAAUAAGUUGGUCGCCAUUGGAUGCAACUACGGGCUAUCUGCUAACUUCAGCAACUCGAUGCCCGGUCAUAGCCAGUGGCAGCUUGUCAACUGCAACUCCUUUUGCGACGGAAGCUCUUGCCCUUCCGAUGCAGCUUGCUGCGAGGACACCAUGCCGAUGGACGCCGCUCAAGAGUUCACCUUGACGUUCGACAAGUUACCAGGGCAAUUCACUGGUGACGAGAACGGCAUUUGCAGCGCUGCGUUCUUCUACGACCAAGAUGAGCAAAUCUUCAAGGGUGGGCAGGAUCCGCUGAAAGACCCGCUGUUCCCGGGUGGUGACCACGCGAUGAUCUUGGAUUGGGCAGUUGGGCAGGGCACGUGCGACCAGGCCUUAACCUACAAUUUGAUGUCACUCUGCAACAGUCUGAGUGACUGCAUCGAUGCGCCCAGGGGAGUUGGCUAUCUCUGCAAGUGCAACGCAGGGUAUGACGGGAAUCCAUACACUGCAGAAGGAUGUGUAGAUAUAAACGAAUGCCGGAAUUUGGACAGCAACCCUUGCAACAUUACAAAAUUCUGCAACAACACCAAAGGAGGUUUUACUUGCUCAUGUCCCCCUGACUUGAUUGGUGACGGUUACAAGAACGGGACAGGCUGCACUGAGGCGCCCCUUCCAUCUGGUUCCCCUAUGCAACAAUCGCAAGGUUUGAACGUGUGCGCUCACCCUGAGAGGAACCCCUGCAUGUACUUGGAGUACUGCAAAGAUGGGCAGUGCUCUUGUCCUCAAGGCAUGAUUGGUGAUGGCCGUGAAAGGGGAAGUGGCUGUCAAAAAAAGCACUUUCCUGUAGAUGCUGCCUUGGGUAACUUACUCAAGAAACCUGGCAUAACAAAUUUUAUUAUUAUAAUUUGUUUUUGCUUCAUAGAGUAUUCACUUCCAUUUUAUUAGUC